AUGAACGUUGAUCAGCUGUAUAUACAACAGUCACAACAACAUCAACCUCCACCACCUUCAGAUUAUCAAAAUCAAAAUGUACAUCCACCUCCACAUGUACAACAACAACCAUAUCCACCUCAUCAACAACCUCCAUAUCAACAACAACAACCUCAGCAGCAACAACAACAGCAACGACCACAUCAACCGCAAAAUCAAGCACCUGUGCCGCAACCUCAACAAAGUUCACAACAACCACCAGCACCACAACAACAGCCUCCUCAAAGACAAGUUUCAUUCAAUGUAUCUGAUCAUUAUCAAAUAUUAGAAAUUGUAGGAGAAGGAGCAUAUGGAGUAGUAUGUUCAGCCAUACAUAAACCAUCAAAUCAAAAAGUUGCAAUAAAAAAAAUAGAACCAUUUGAAAGAUCAAUGUUAUGUUUAAGAACUUUAAGAGAAUUAAAAUUAUUAAAACAUUUUAAUCAUGAAAAUAUUAUAAGUAUAUUAGCUAUACAAAGACCUCAAUCAUUUGAAUCAUUUAAUGAAAUUUAUCUUAUACAAGAAUUAAUGGAAACUGAUUUACAUAGAGUUAUUAGAACUCAAACAUUAACUGAUGAUCAUAUACAAUAUUUUAUAUAUCAAACUUUAAGAGCUUUAAAAACAAUGCAUUCAGCAAAUAUUUUACAUAGAGAUUUAAAACCUCUGAAUCUUUUAUUAAAUUCAAAUUGUGAUUUAAAAAUUUGUGAUUUUGGUUUAGCAAGAAGUAUUGCUUCAUCAGAAGAUAAUUUUGGUUUUAUGACUGAAUAUGUUGCAACAAGAUGGUAUAGAGCUCCAGAAAUUAUGUUAACUUUUCAAGAAUAUACAACAGCAAUAGAUGUUUGGUCAGUUGGUUGUAUAUUAGCAGAAAUGUUAAGUGGUAAACCUUUAUUUCCUGGUAGAGAUUAUCAUAAUCAAUUAUGGUUAAUUAUGGAAAUUUUAGGAACACCAAAUAUGGAAGAUUAUUAUCAAAUAAAAUCAAAAAGAGCAAGAGAAUAUAUAAGAUCAUUACCAUUUUGUAAAAAAAUUCCAUUUGGUGAAUUAUUUAAAAAAUUAAAUCCCAAACAACCAGAUAUUAAUCCAUUAGCAUUAGAUUUAUUAGAAAAUUUAUUAAUUUUUAAUCCAACAAAAAGAAUUACAGUUGAAAAUGCUUUAAAUCAUCCUUAUUUAAAAUUAUAUCAUGAUCCAAAUGAUGAACCAAUAAGUGAAAAAAUUCCAAAUGAUUUUUUUGAUUUUGAUAAAAGAAAAGAUGAUUUAAGUGUUGAAGAAUUAAAAAUUAUGUUAUAUAAUGAAAUAAUGAAACCACUAUAG